AUGGAUGGCCCUGCCCGCCAUGACAGCAUNCCCUCUGCUGUCGACGACAGAGCCCCCACCCCUGACAACCCGACCGACCCCGAUUCGAGUCAACAUCACACUCUAAAAUAUCACCUUCUGGGCCCAUCUCUCACAAAACCUGGCCAAGAUGAUGUCGACCAGAGAAAAGUUUCGGAAAUAAUCUACGAAGCAUCAAAGGGCAGCAAGUUUUUUCUUCAAGAGGAGCAAAAGGACAAGAACUUGACAAUCAAAAUCAACCGUAUUCUCGCGAAGAAACGUCAACUCGAUCGUCUCGACCUAAGCUAUGACUUGCGAAAAGCAGAUGAAUACGUACAGAAACUCGAGCUCAGUCGCGACCUGACACAGACCAUCGUCCACGUUGACUGCGAUGCUUUUUACGCCGCCGUCGAAGAGCUUGACCGUCCGGACCUGAAAGAUGUGCCAUUUGCUGUUGGAAAGGGCGUCUUGACAACUUGCAACUACCAUGCAAGAAAGCACGGUUGUCGCAGCGGGAUGGCUGGUUACAUCGCCGACAAGCUCUGCCCUGAGCUCAUCCAUAUCUCGCCAAACUUUGAAAAGUACUCGGCCAAAGCAAAAGAGAUUCGUGCUGUCUUGGUCAAAUACGACGCUCGAUUUGAGGCUGCAAGUGUUGACGAGGCAUAUCUCAACAUCACGGACUACUGCGAAGAACACAAUAUGAGCCCCGAAGAUGUCGUCCAACAACUUCGCGCAGAGGUACAUCAAGAAUGCCUGAUUACCGUCUCGGCCGGCAUCGCCGCGAAUGCAAAACUCGCAAAGAUCUGUUCGAACAAGAACAAGCCCAACGGCCAGUUCACGUUACCGUCAGAACGCGCCAGUAUCAUGUCAUUCAUCAAAGAACUGCCCACACGGAAGGUGAAUGGCAUUGGCAGAGUGUUCGAGCGUGAGCUUGACGCCAUUGGGGUAAAGACUUGUGGCGACAUAUUUGCACAGCGUGCUUACAUGUCCAAACUCUUUGGCGAGAAAGCCUUUCAAUUUCUUAUGGGCGUAUAUCUAGGACUUGGCAGGACGAACGUUCAGCCAGCAGAAGAGUACGAGCGCAAGAGCGUUGGCACGGAAAGCACGUUCAAGGAAAUGUCAGACCCUCAACAGCUCAGAGAUAUGCUUCGACACGUUGCGGAAGAACUCGAGAAGGAUUGUGAAAGAACGCAAUUUAAGGGCAGGACCCUGGUCUUGAAAGUCAAGUUGCAUACAUAUGAGAUUUUAACCCGUCAGGUCGCUCCGCCGAAAGCCGUACACCAAGCUGAUGACCUCUACAAAUUCGCCUUGCCCAUGCUCGUCAAGCUGGAAAAGGACAUUCCAAAGUUUACCUUGCGCCUUAUGGGGCUGAGGCUCACGUCGCUGAUCAGUAUGAAGAAAAGCAACAUUGACACCUUCUUUGCACCAAAACCGCAGUCUGCAGCNAAAAAGCCGUCCAUGUCUGCCGGCGAAGGCGAAUGGGAGCAAUGGCCUGACUCAGAAUUCGAAGAUGCCGCUCGCCAAGAGAAGCAGGAUGACUUGGAUACCCUGGAACAGAUGAGUCAGGAGUACAUCGAAGAGUACAAAAAUACUCCGAAACCAUCAACGGUCGGGCGCGCAGGAACAAUAAUAGCAAAUGUGCCUGCAGCGACUUCCGAAGGUACAGAACAAGAAGAAAAAGAUGAGCAGGAAGAAACAUGGAGCUGCCCUAUCUGUAGUCAGCCACAAUCUGCCGACGCUGUUCUCUUCAACCAGCAUAUCGAUGGAUGUUUGUCGAGACAGACGAUCAAGGAGAUUGUUCGUGAGAACGCGUCGCCGUCCCGUUCACCACAAGAGAAAGCUCCUAUGCCUGGACAGGGUAAGAAAAGAGGUCGGCCAAAGGCGCCGGACCCGCACCCGAAGCGGCCAAAGAGCGCCUUCUUCUCUCGAUGA